UAAUAUCCCUUACCCGUAACAACUCUUCCAUACCCAACGGUUUCACCUCUUACUUCUCUUCGGCCAUGGAAGCUUCAACAGGAGCUCCCCGGGUUCCCGUUCCAUCUUUUGAACCAGAUAAAGAGAAGAUCAAGCGAAAGCUCAUACAGAAGGGUGUCUUCCCUACUUCCAAAAUUGUCCACACGUUGCGGAAGAAAGAAAUCCAGAAGUCUAUACGAAAGGCGAAGCGCAUGGCGGACAAAACCCCGGAAAAACCUCUCCCUGAAUCUCAGAAGCGAGCCUUGGUGGAAGAAGCUCACUUUCAAACCUUAGCUCGAGAGUACAGAGCGUUUACGAAGAACUUGAAGGCAAAAAGUGGAGGGAGAAACGGAUUAUUGAUGGUAGGGAAUCCAUGGGAGGGAUUGGAGAGAGUUAGACUGAGAGAACUUGCCAGCGUGAGUAAGGAGUACACCGGAGAGAAGCUUAGAGGGGAGAAUUUGCAGGAAUUGAGUGAAAUUCUUGCCAAGCGGAACCACGACGAUUUUCAGUGCCUUUUGGAUGACGAUAUCGAAGAAGGAAGCUGUUUUAUUGAGCAGGAAAUUCGGUCUCCCACAAAGAGUCGUGGUGGAGAUGCAGAUACAAUUCGGUUUCUCAUAAACAGGCUAAGUGCUUCAGACCUUAGUAUGCAUGACUGGAAAUUUUCUAGGUUGAUGAACCAGUCAGGGUUGCAGUUUACUGAACGCAAUCUACUUAGAAUUGUUGAAGGACUUGGGGCUAUUGGCAAUUGGAAACAUGCAUUAUCUGUUGUGGAAUGGGUGUACAAUUCUAAGGAACACAGACAUCAUAAAAGCAGGUUUGUUUACACAAAACUCUUGGCAGUUCUUGGGAAAGCAAGGAGACCAAGUGAAGCUCUUCGCAUUUUCAAUCUUAUGCACGAGGACAGCCAUAUAUAUCCUGAUAUGCCUGCAUACCACAGUAUUGCUGUUACACUUGGUCAAGCUGGUCUUCUGAAAGAACUUUUGAACAUUAUUGAGAGCAUGAGGCUAAAACCAUCCAAAAGAACUAAAAAUAUGCGCAACAAAAACUGGGACCCACGCCUUGAACCUGAUAUUGUUGUAUUCAAUGCUGUAUUGAAUGCUUGUGUUCCAUCCCAUCAGUGGAAAGGAGUAUAUUGGGUGCUGGAGCAGAUGAGGAGAAGUGGCCUGAAACCUAAUGGAGCAACGUAUGGACUUGCAAUGGAGGUAAUGCUGGAAUCAGGGAAAUAUGACCUUGUUCAUGAGUUCUUUGGAAAAAUGAGAAGAAGUGGGGAAACUCCAAAAGCCCUCACAUACAGAGUUCUUGUUAGGGCCUUCUGGAAGGAAGAUAAAGUGAAUGAAGCGCUUGUAGCAGUCAGUGAUAUGGAACAAAGGGGAGUGGUUGGGACGGCUAGUGUGUAUUAUGAAUUAGCUUGUUGCCUUUGCAACAAGGGGAGGUGGCAAGAAGCUAUGGUGAUGGUUGAUAAGAUGAAAAAGCUUUCUCUUACUAAACCUUUGGAGGUAGCCUUCACUGGAAUGAUCUUGUCCUGUAUGGAUGGUGGACAUGUGGAGGACUGCAUAUCUAUUUUUGAACACAUGAAAGAACACUGUGCUCCUAAUAUUGGGACAAUAAAUGCAAUGUUGAAAGUUUAUGGGCACAGCGAUAUGUUCUCAAAAGCUAAAGAGUUGUUUGAAGAAGCCAAGGGAACCAAAUCUCUGUUUACUACCUAUCCUGAUAAUGGUGGCGCUUUCCUUACUCCAGAUGUACAUACAUAUAGCUCAAUACUUGAGGCAUCAGCUAGUGCACAUCAGUGGGAAUACUUUGAGUAUGUAUACAAGGAGAUGGCUUUCUCUGGGUACCAGUUGAAUCAAGACAAACAUGGAUGGCUACUUGUGGAAGCUUCUAGAGCUGGAAAGUGGCAUUUGUUGGAGCAUGCAUUUGAAAGAAUUCUUGAAUCCGGAGAAGUUCCACAUCUGUCAUUCUUCACUGAAAUGGUCUGCCAAGCUACAGCUCAACAUAAUUAUGAGAAGGUUGCUACUAUAGUAAACACCAUGGCUCAUGCCUCAUUUCAAGUCAGUGAAAAGCAAUGGACAGACCUUUUCAAUACAAAUAGGGAGAGGAUCAGCAGGGUUCAAUUGCAGAAAUUGUUGGAGACAAUACAAAAUAGUGAUAUGAUGGCUGAAGCCACCAUCUCUAACUUGAAAAGGUCAUUGAACACUUUCUGUGGAUCAAGGUUACCAAACAUGUCAGAAUACUUUUUGGAAACGAUUUCCACUAGAGAUCCUACCUCUGAUAAAACACCCUCUGAUGAUAUUGAUGGGAAAUUGGAUGGUAAUAAAAGCUGGAAGAUGCUGAAACCUUCUGUAGACAUGGUGGAUAGCCACCCUGAUCCUAACAAGGAUUUUCCUGACAUUGUUAAUGGUGAUAAAUCUGGCUUUUCUGUUCAUCAUAUUACCAGUGACAUAGAAGAUGAUGGUGGUGUAGCUUUGGUACCUGACUUGCUGGGUUAUGUUGUCAAUGAAGACAUAGGAACUGGUCUAUACAAUAGAGUGGAUGAUCCAACUGACAAUGCAUCCUUAAAUAAACCUGGUUGGUUUGGCAAUAAGAACUCAAUAUCCAUAUCACGUUGCAGCUCAGAAGAUGACUGUACUGAGGCGGCACUAGACAUGCUGAUCAACCAGAAAAAAAUUGACUACCCUCAUGAAUCUAACCUGCCAUCAGCAUCUGAGAUACUAGAAGUAUGGAGGGUAAGUAGGAGGAGGGACGGUAUUUUAUUCCCUUUUCAACUAAACUGUAAAUAAGUACAAGUUUUUACUUUCUGCCUAUGUCAUCCGGUGUAGUGAUAUUGUUCUCAUGUUGUGGGUUCCUGUGACAAAUGCAAGUGUUUCCAUUUUCCAUGGUGGGAGAGUGGUCCUUGA